UAGGUGACGAAUCUCGAAAAUAGUUCGUGAUUUGCCCUCGCCGGGUUUGAAUAGCUGGCUCUAAUGUGUGAAUGCAUUUCUCUCCAAAAUCCAUCCAUCGGUUUUUUUUGACAGUGCUUCAGUAACAUGUAGUGGCAAACUUGAAAAGGGACCUUCGUUUGGCAACACCCGUCGUUGAUGGGCCCCGCGUUUUUCAUACCGGCAAAUAUGCAGUUGCCCAUUACCAAUCGCUCCGUAGAGGUAAAUCCUUCAAGCGAACUGCGUAAGUUUUUCGGCACUUUAGAAAACUUAUGCUAUCCUGCCAUCCUGCCAUCCUGCCAACUGAUAUCGCGCAGAAAAAAAGCAACAUCAACAGCCGCUCCAACCGCUCCGAUGAUGGGUUCCGGACAGCCUGAGAAGCAAAUUCAGCGACAUGUGAUCGCGGUUGUCCAGUUCAUACUUUCCGUUGUGGUCGGGUUUGCGUUCGGCUUCAGCGGCAUCGAGCUGCUGAUCGGGCAGCUAGAUUUCGGGUUCCGACUGUUGCUGGGUAUCAUCAUCGCACUAAUCGUGGCACUGGCAGAGAUAUACUUUCUGGCGGUAAAGCUAAACGAGGCGGAUGACUUGCCAGCGUCGGUGACGAGCAUUAUGAAGCAGCAUCAAGAGUAGCCGAAGUAAAAUCAAUAAAACGUAUCGAUCAAUCGUUUUGUUUUCUGUUUCGCAGUUUAUUUCCGAACGAAGGCGUGU